GCUGCUGAAUCCGGUGGUGGACUUGUACACAAAACUGUAGAUACAGAUGUAUUUCUAACCAAGGGGCUGAGUGAAUAUAUUGUAUAUUGUGAAUAACUUCUCUAUGAUGUUUUUAAACAGUUUGGCUGAGAUGGGAAAAAAACUUUGUGAGGCAAAUAUGGUGGUGAAACGUCAUGAGGAGGAACUGAAUUCAGUCAAAGAGAGUUUGACGGAGGUGAACACAUUUUACCAAUUGAGCCUCAGAAAAGCAGGAUCUGCACAUAAAGAAACUGAAGAAGAAUUGAAAUCAUUCAAAGACAGAGUGGCAGGAGAGGUUGACAUUGCACUACAGGCCGGGAACUCUGAAAACAUGAACAACCCAGUGAAUGAAACCAGACUGAAAGAGAUGUAUAAAGAGCUGAGGAAGGACUGGACUAGAAUCAAGCCUUAUCUGCAGAAAGUUCACAGCACCCCAGAGAGAAUCAAAGCCUGGAUUCAGCGCAGCUUUCUGUGUGGGACAGGGGAUAUGGAACAGAAGAAGAAACUGAUAGAGUUAGCAUUUAACCUAAAUGCAGACCACGCUCAAGCAUCUGAGAAGGUUAAUGAAUACACGAACCUAACCCUUCACAACCUUCAGCUUGCUUUUUACUACAGUUUCAUAGACACUGCUGCUCAGGGGUUCCAUGGACAGGAAGGUGAAAUUCAUGAUGCUAGCUUGAAUAACCUCCUCUCGAAGUGCCGCUGGCUGAGCGGUUUAUUUGCUUUGAACAACCCCCCUCUUCUGCCUGACUGGAUAAAUCAUCAUCCCGGGCAAGAUGCUUGGAACAUUUUCCCACAAGAGAUCACAACUGAUUCUGCCAUGUCACUCUGCCAGGGCCACUCUGCAAAGGUCAAUAAAUGUCUUUGCCCAUUACAGGGCAUGAACGAGAGUGGAGACCUCUGGAACAAUGCAGCAGAACAAUGUAGAAUCGCAGCAGAUGGCCCCGCCCCUCCCUGAGCCUGGUUCUGCUGGAGGUUUCUUCCUGUUAAAAGAGAGUUUUUCAUUCCCACUCUCACGAAAGUGUUUGCUCAUAGGCGGUCAUAUGAUUGUUGGGUUUUUCUCUGUAUAUUUUAAUGUAGGGUAUACGUUACAAUAUAAAGUGCCUUGAUUGUUGUUGUGAUUUGAUGCUAUAUAAAUAAAAUUUAUUUGAAUAUAAACACAUGUCCCCUCCGCCAUCCUGACACUGCCCAACGAGUGCCCUGCUUCAUCUCUCCACUGCAGAAGACCAGAGACCACACCCAUGGCAAAAAUUUCAGAACAUUUUACCCCCGACUGACAGUAAUGUGAAAGUACUGCUUUGAAAGAGGUGCAUGUUUUAUUUCCUUGGCUUAUAUAAAAUUAACAUGUUUGACUUGA